CUCCCUUCAGGCUUCAUCAAAUUUUCAGGGCCGCUCAAUCCAAUAUACGCAGCGCGCCUCAAACGACUCGACAUUGAAUGCCCAAUUGAUUUUGUGGCAUCAUCUGCUUUGAGUGCAAUAGUUGAACAGGAUAACUCCUACAGACUUAGCUCUCGACUUGUCUCUAGAGUCCUGCCAAUUUCAGAAGAACGCGUUGAGAAAAAUUACACUUUUAGUCAACUUCCAUACACUGUUUUUUGGUUUCGCAAUGGCAUGCUUCUAGAAGAAAACGCA